AAGAACUGAGGAGGCCACCCACCCCCCCUACACCACAAAAUUUAAGCAUAUCUCCUGCAGCAGCUGAUCGAGCACAAAGGUUCCAGGGCAGCAGCAUCUACCAGUCUGGGUCUUAGACAUGAUGGCAAAAGCUCAGUUCGCCGCCCGGUUCGCGACGGAGGUCGCGCCGCCGCCGCUCGUGUCGAUCGUGAGGCAGAGCAGGAUCCCGAAAAUCCUCGACACGAUCGCGGAGGACGAGAAGGAGGCCGCGGCCGCGGAGAGGUUCUUCUCGUCGCCCUUUGCGAACACCUCGCGCUCCUCCGAAAGCUCGUCAUCGUUCAUGCGAGAGCUCGACAAGUCCUUCUCGAUCCACGGCCAGGAAUGGUCGGCUCUGCCGCUUCGCCACCGGCGGCCGCAGGAUGCUUAAGAGUUUGAUGCAGGGGGAUUAAUUAAGACAAAUCGCUUUUAAUUUGCUUAUUAAUUAUAGAAAGUGUAUUAAAACGAAUAUAUAUUGUACUGUAAUAGGUUGGAGUUUUUAGUGGCAUCAACCUAAUAAAGUAAUAAUGUGUACUUGUUAAUUAUGUGCAUCAUUCUCUUGCUUUUUUGCUCUUCUUUUUA